AGCAACGUUUUCGGGAAAACAUAAAGCAUCUGGUGUGGAUACGCAACAAGCGUCAAUGCACGAGAUACGCAUCGAUCUCACCGGGAAAACAUGAGUAGUAGAAUCGACGGAGUGGUGAACAAAAGCUUCGCGGAUAGCAGUGGAUUUCAAAUGAAAUGUCAAUCGUUAUUCGGGACAGAUGUUCGACGAAAAGCAAAGGACAUGGCACACCUAUAGAUACGAAAUGCCGGACUAGUGGAAGUUGAAGAGUAGAAAAUAAUAAGCAGAAAGCAGUAGAAGAUAGAAAAAAGAAUUGAUCAGUACGUAGUGACUACACCAAUACAGGAAUAAAUAAGGAUAAUGAGUCACGCUCAGCAGCAUGUACUUGCAAGUGCAAUAGUCCUUGCUCUGAUAGUGGUCUUUGGCAUCCAUGUCUUCCUGUUUCCUAUGUACACAUCCAACCCACCAGCCCAUCAUAUAAAGAUUUCAACAUACGAGCAAGCUCUUUGUCGCACCACUUUAAAGAAUGUCAGAAUACCACUAGAGUGGAGGAAUACUUGUCCCAAGUAUGGUAUAGUUUCUGUAGUCCAAGGUGGCAGGCUUGGGAAUCAAAUCUGGGAAUAUGCUUCUGUAUGGGCUACUGCAAGAAGAACUGGCUUGGAACCAUUUAUGCCACGAUGCAUAUUGAGAACGCUUGAGGAAUACUUUGAAAAUCUCAGUAUACCACCACUCAAUUAUAUUGGAAAAUGUAACUUAGACGUUAGUCAAGUUAUUAAUUCUCCUGGACAGUGGAACAGCACAGAACAAAAUAUCAUCAUACCAAGACAUGCAGCUUACUGGUCCCUUGUCUUGAUGUGGUUGGAUGAUGUACGAAGAGAAUUUACAUUUAAGCCAAACUUAAGAGCUUAUGCAGAAAGGGUACUAAAAGAGACAGCAGAGGAAUAUAAUUUGUCUGAACCAACGUUUGUAAGCAUACACGUACGAAGAACAGACUAUGUGGAUUAUCUGUGGCAGAAAUUAAAGAUUAGACCGGCACCAGUCAGCUAUUAUUUCGCGGCUAUGGAUUACUUUAUGGGCAAGUAUAGUAACGUAGUUUUUAUAGUAACUAGCGAUAAUAUAGUUUGGUGCAAGUAUAAUUUGCAUAGUAAACGACAUAGAAUCAAAUUUGUGUCCGAUGUGGAUGCAAGGGGUCCAGGCAAAGACCUCGCGGUUUUAUCAGCAUGUAAUCACAGUAUUAUAGAUUAUGGUACGUAUGGUUCAUUUGGCGCAAUUCUUGCCGCUGGUGAAACUGUCGUGUACAAUGUAACGACAUACUUUUCUACGUUAAUUGCCAAAGUUUUGCCAAACUGGACGAUAAUGAGUUGA